AACAUUUCAUUUUACAUCAUUAAUACUGUAUAGCCUAACCUUUAGUCUCCACGUCUAUUUUCCCCGAAUACGUGAUCCUUCAUAUGUGGAGGGAGACUGAUAGCAAGUCGAUAUUCGGUCAUCUGGCUACAGUUUGCAUGAGGACGGUGGCUAUGUUUUUGAUGUAUGAUGUCAUCGCCUAUGAACAUCUGUAGAGAAAUCACCACUGCGCAUUUAACACUUCUUGAAGAGAAAUGCUCUAGCUCCAGCAGUAGUGAAGAUGAGGCAGAAAAAUCAGAAGAUAGUGAUGAAUUUCCCAUGGCAGCAUAUGGUAAUGUAAAAUCACCAGAAAUAGGUUUUACACCUAAAACAGGAAUGAAUGAUUCCUGUCCAAGUGUUGAAGGACUAGAGACAAAUUCACAAUCAACCGAGCCGCUGAAGACUCGUCGUUCUCAUAAGAAUGCAUCAACGGAUCGUGGUCUACUUGUUGAUUCGGAGAGUAGGCGAAGGUUGUGUGUUGUUUGUGAGGACUAUGCUUCAGGAUAUCAUUAUGGUAUAGCCUCUUGCGAAGCCUGUAAAGCAUUCUUUAAACGAACUGUUCAGGGGCAGAUCCAAUACACUUGUCCUUCCAAUAAUAAUUGUGAAAUCACAAAGAAGAGGAGGAAGACAUGUCAAAAAUGUCGAUAUCAAAAGUGUAUUAGAAUGGGAAUGCUGAUAGAAGGCGUGCGGCCGAACAGACUCAGAGGCGGGCGACAGAAAUACAGGCGGAAACCAGAAGAAACAGAUUUUGGACCAUCACCGAGUAAAAGACCAAAACCUAAGAAAUUAAAUGAGUUGACUCAGUUGCUAUUGAGAAUAGAUGCCCCGAUGGUCAAGCUAGAAAUCGACCCGACGCUUGAGGACAAGGAUCCUACAUAUCGCGCUGUCAAAAUGGUCGCCGAUAUAGCUGAUAAAGAUUUGAAAUUUACUGUUAACUGGGCUAAACAAAUUCCAGGUUUUCAGCAGUUGCCUAUGACAGAUCAAAUGAGUUUACUUCAAGGUUCCUGGAUGGAGAUAUUGCUCAUCGGACUCCUCUAUCGCUCCCUUCAUCUCACAAAUCCUGAUAGAGUCUUAUUUACGGACAACCUGAUCAUGACGAAAGCAGAUUCUAAACUAAAUGGGUUCGAUUCGCUAGCUGAUCGAUCUUUAUACCUCGUUAAAAGAAUGCGAGAGUUGGAUAUCCAGAGGGAAGAAUAUGUUUUAUUGAAAGCAAUAGCACUCAUCAAUGCAGAUGUGACUGACGUUGAUUGCCCAUCUGGUAUUGAGCAGCUGGAACUGAGAAUUUACGAUGCACUGCACGAAUUUACACAAACCCAUUACCCAGCCACUUGCGCACGGCGUGAGAUGAAACUAAUAACAUUACUUCCUGGAUUCAGACAGCUUUCAAAUGAUUCCAUUAAUCAUUUCAAUAGGAACUUUAUAGAAAGAAAUGUACCAAUGCGGCAACUGUUUAGAGAAAUGAUAGAAGCCAAACAUGAUUGUUAAUUAAAGGUGGCCAGAAAGAAUGGCUAACCAUUUGCGCCACGUAAGGCGCGAUAGUUUUUUAGUUGGAGUUGGUGGCGCUGUUAGCAAUAUGCUAGCCCUAUAUACAUCAUAACAUAUUAUGCACUUCUGUUUAAAUCAUGGUAUUAUUUGAUGUUAUUUAAGGUUAACUAAAGAAAAUACGGUAAUGCAAACUUUUUCCAAAAUGUGAACUCUUUUAUAGCGGAUACAUGUGAAGCUCCUCAGAGAAUGUUAAUGCCGAAAGUGUCACUUCACCGCCAAGUACCAACGUAUAAACGGCGUAAAUCUUGUAUGAAUUUUAAAUACAGUAUAAAUUUUCCGAUUUUACCCUUGUUUUCUCGGGAUGGAAAAUCGAAAAUGUGGAGUGAUGUAUAAGUAAUAAAAUAAUUAUUGUUUUACAAUUUAAAUUGACCUUCGCAAAGUGAUUCGGGUUUUUUUUAUCAAUCCAGAAAACUUUGGUUGAAAACAGUGCGUUUCAUAACUUUUUUAUUGUCUUUGUAUUUGUAAUCUGUGUAAAACGAAUAUUUUCAGUCCGACGACUCGGCAUUUUAAUUACAGUACAGUAUUAUGGUUUCUUGGUUGUCUUAAGUUGUUAGGUAUAGGUAUUAAUUUCGUGUUGAUCCUAAUUAACUAACACAAGAAAUUUAAUUAUAGCAAAUGAAAUUGAUGCUAUGUUGGAAAAUUUAUGUUACCUGAUUAUAAAUAUGUAUAGCAAUAAUUACUUGGAUUACCUUUUAGCAUUAGUUAAAGAACAAUAUCCGUUCUAAUAAAAAUACAUUGUCAUUCCAUUGCCUUUGUAAAUAUGCAACAAAUUUAACAGAUCAUUUGGGGGAUGAAUAUCUUUAUUUUCUUAACAGAUUUAUAUACAUAUAGUUUGAUUUAUAUAUGAAUAUAAAAAUAAAUAAUAUAAGUAUAA